UACUAACAACAAUAAAGCUUUUGCGAUUAAACCAUUAAGAGGUAUGGAAUAAAUUAAUUACUGCUCUGGUAAAAAUUAAUUACAGUUUUUCGUAAAGGAAUGCAAGAGUGUCUUAUGUAAACUGAACAAAUAUCUUUAAAGCAAAAAAAAAGCGAUGACUUUUUGGUGUAAGACUUAAAUUUGAAGUGGUUUCAAUUUUACAAGAUAACAGAAACCAAAAGAUUAAUUUAUCAUCUCUUUUUUAUGUAAAUAAAACAAACUUAUUGUAACAGAUUUAUUCUUCUUUUUUUUUCAAUGUAGGAUAAAGUUCAUAUUCUUUAUCAAAAUACGGGUGAUAUUUGUUUUAAUAUUAUCAGAAGAUUACUCGUUUGUGCAUGUUAUCUUCAAGACAACGAGGAGAUAAAUGUCCACUUCUUCAAACAAUAGUCGCAAUCUUAUUUGUUUGUUAAGGACGUGAUUGAGGAAAAUCUUCUUAUCAUAGUGAGCACUGCGCAUGCGUGAAGUGGAAAUAUUGAAACAAUUUCGAUCUUGGUGUUUGACAGUUUGUCGAAAUAAACAGAGAUAAGAAAUCAAUGAAGAUACAUUAAAAACGGGAUAUAAUAUGUGAACUUAAGUUUUUGAAAAUACGUUUGUUUUGAAAAUCUUAUAUUUGAGUGAAAACAUGGGUGCUUCGGGAUGCUGUGGGAAGUUAUUCAUGGGUCUAAAUUUCCUUAUGUGGUUGAUCGGAUUUGGAGUCGUUGGAUACGGUGUUUGGAUUCUUAUCACCACCGGAAAUACCAGUAACUUCCUGUCAGGAACGCUGAUAUUUACGUACGCGUUUCUAGGAAUUGGAACCUUGCUUGUCCUCACAGGACUCCUCGGAUGUGUCGGGGGAUGCUGUGAAAGUACCUGCUGUUUGAAAGCGUAUAUUGGAUUCAUGACUUUCAUACUACUUAUCGAUAUUGGAGUUGCUAUUGCUGGUUACAUGGAAAAAGAUAACGUUCUUAAUCUAACAGAAAAGUUGUGGGACGAAUUGAAUGAGGAUACAAAAUUCCACAUACAAAAAGAGCUGGAAUGCUGCAGCUAUAACGGCACGAGCGAGUACACCUUACCACUUCCGGACAGCUGCUCAAAUGACCAGGGCGAGCAAUUUAAGACAUUUUGCAAAGACGCAAUGGAAGUUUGGGUGAAAAACAACAUUCCAAUUUGGGCUUCCAUGGUCGGUGGCAUUGGCUUUAUACAGGUUUUGGCUACUAUAUCGUCCUGUUUAACGCUGAAAGCUGUUGAGGACGCUAUGCGGGUUGGAGUUGAAUAAUGAUAGCUACACACUUACAGACAGUUGUUUUUGGUGCUUGGAAGUUACGACAGUUGAUGACGUCAUUUUUUUUUUCACCACUCCUACGUAAAAAUUGUAUAUUUUGUAAAAAAAAAAAUGAAAAUAGCUGGUCAGGGAUUUUCUACAAAAAAGAAAUUUCACGUUUAUUUAAACUUAAAUUCCAUUGGAAUUUCGCUGACUUAUUGUAUAAGUAAAUCACUUGAAAGAUACAAAAGGGACCAGGAAAACUUCAAACAAUUUUGAUUUACUACUACUUCGACGACGACAAUCAGUUAAUCAUUUUGUGAAUUGUCAUCUUUAGCGUUUGCUCUUUUAGCUUUUAUUUUACUCUUGCGACUAAAAAAUAUCUUCCAAAGUAUAGUUAGCGAACAAAUUAAAAUUUAUCAUACGUAUUUAAGAUAUCUGGCUAAUAUUAAUUUUAAUUGAUAGCCUAAAGAGUGUUUAAAUGUUCUUUAAUGUUUCUUUUAUUUUUGUUACAGACUUUUGGGGGUUAUGAAAAUGUUAAAGGUGACUUGGAAACUUACAUGAAUAUUAUAUUAGGUGUUGGCUUUAUACAGACUCCCCAUUAUUCCAAAAUUAUAACUUGUUUAAUAAUAAAGCAGAUGGUGUUUUUAUUGAAGAGAAUCUUCAUUUAGGUAGAAAAGUUUUAUGAUUUAUGAUUUGUUUAACCUUUAUAGCACUAAAGGGAAGUAAUAUAACAAAAACUUAAUGAACUGUCAUACGUUAGAGUUAACUGUCUUGAUAACUAAUUUAUUUUACAAUUUUAUUGCAUUUUAGGUACCAUAGAAAAUGUUUAGUUAUGUCUUACCCACUCUUAAAGAAAGUGGUGUUUUCUAGUGUUAAACAUUGAUGUGAUUAUAAAGAAAUUGCCGUCCAUUCUUUUUUUCUUUUUU